AUGAUCAUGGUAAAGAUGAUGAUCACAUGUGUGGCCACAUUCACGCUCUGUUGGCUUCCCUUUAAUUUGCUUAUAAUAGUUGGCGACGAAUAUAAAGAGAUAUAUGAAUACAAAGAUAUUAUAUACGUCUGGUUUGCAUGUCAUUGGCUUUCUAUGUCUCACGCUUGUUAUAACCCAUUGAUCUACAUAUGGAUGAACGGCCGGUUCAGGGAUGGCUUCAAAUAUGUAUUCAGAUUUCUACCAUGUAUUAAACGUACUCAACGGCCAGACUUUGUGAGCCCACACUUUGGCACUUCGGCCAACUCAUCGGCGGUUAAGCCCAGUAUGAGACGACUGAACACACAUUUGCACAAAAACGGACUCAUCCACAGCCAUAUCGAGGAUCAUAAAACUUCAAUCGUAUGA